AUGGAGCAUAAAUUUGCAAGCCUAGACCCUAAAAUUUUAGCCAUUUGAUUGAGCACCAUAGCAGUGUCUUCAUUCGUACUGCUCAAAAGCCAACUUGACAAAAAUAAGCAAAAUAAUCAAAUGAUAAGAAAUACGAAACUAAAAUUCGAAGGAAUAAAACAGACUAUUAUGGGUACAGUAAAUUUGCCAGAACUACCUAGAGAGUUGGCAGAGAGAAUUGAAAAUGCCACAAUUACAGAACUUAUUCAAGGGCUAGAUAAUCGAGAAUUUAAUUCCGAAGAAAUUGUUAUAACUUAUAUCCACAGGAUCAGAAAAGUCGGGAUGCCUUAUGGAGCAGUCAGCAAUAUAGAUUUUGAGAAAGCUCUCAGAAAGGCGUGAAUUCUUGAUGAAGAAAGACUAUCAGGCAAAAAACGAGGUCUGCUUCAUGGGAUCCCUAUAAGUGUGAAGGACUACUUUUCAGUAAAAGGUCUUCCUUGCACAAUUGGUCUUUCCAAAUUUAUAAAUUAUAUUCAAAACGAAACUUCGCAAAUUGUAAAAAUACUAAAAAAACAAGGCGCUAUAGUACAUGUUCUUGGCUCAGUUCCACAAGGGCUUUCCUCUUUAGAGGUUGUCAAUAAUCUUCAGAUAAGGGCUUUAAAUCCAUAUGAUCAGAACAGGACUACUGGAGGGUCUAGUGGUGGUGAUGCUGCGUUAGUGUCUCUUGGCUGCUGUGCUUUAGGACUGGGAACUGAUUUAUUUGGAAGCAUUAGAAUUCCAGCUUCUUUUUGUGGAAUUUAUGGUUUUAGGCCGACAUGCACAAGAAUUUCUAGCUACUCACCUUCAGGGUUUAUAAAUCCUUUUCCUUGCUUACUCCUCGGAGCAAGGUUGACUUAUAUAAAUAAAAUUUGUGAGUAUCUAAAAUACAAAAUUUAAUUAUAAAAUUUAUGUCUUAGAAUGCAAGCUAUCUAAAAUUUAAUAAAAUUAGCUGGAGAUUUUAUCUUAAUUAUCGUUAAUUACAUAUUAAAAAAUAGUUUAUAUGCAUAAUUUUGCUGCCGGCUGCCUAAUAAGGCUAAUAUUCCCCUAAAUAUGCAUUUUUCUCUGCAACUAAAGAAAAGGUUAGCAACUGGGUUUGGCCCGCUAGCAAAAUCAGUGGAGGAUUGUGCACUAUAUAUGAAAGUUGCUUGCACAGAUACAUCUUUUAACAGUGAUCCAAGAGUUAUCCCUAUUUGUUGGAAAGAAGAAACCUAUAAAGACAAAAGAAAUUUAAAGAUUGGAUAUGUUGGGAGCAAUGCAUAUUGACCUUUGCCGGCUGCAAUGGAAAGAGCUUUAGAAAUAGCAAAACAGUCGCUUCACAAUAGAGGCCACGAGCUAAUAGAAAUCCAGCUUCCUGAUUUUGAUUUAAUCAAUGAGUUAAUUGUCUGUAUCCUCCAUAAUUCUGCUGUGAGACCUAAUGGAGAAGCACCAAGACACCAGAGUAAAUUUCUAUACGCAAGAUCCUGAUAUGGAAGACUAAGAAAUUGAAUUUCUAAAAAUAAAGAAUCCUUUUACUGGAGGGCACUAAACUUGAAAUCUGGAUUCAACUUUGUUAAAACUCUUGCUAAGCUUACCAAAAUGAAAGAAGAGUUCCUAACUCUCGUCUAAAAAAUAAAUUUCAAAAAGGAACAAUCAAAAUUGCUAUUUAUUUUAUAUAAAAAUUUUCUCAAUAAUCAUAAUUGAUAGAAUUUUAAACAAUUUUUUCUUAAUUUGCUUAUUUAAAAUAAAUGUAUUUAUAUAUUUUAUAAGCAGUUCCUGAUUAUAUCAAACAAAAAUUUAAUAAUUACUAUUGGGAAGGAAUAAGGAGGCUUGCUGAUUUGAAUAUUGAUGCAAUUUUGGCACCUUAUCCAUUUCCUGCACAUUUGCAUGAUACUUAUGAAUUUUUAUACCCAGGCUUUGCUUAUGUUUGGUUCUUUAAUUUGCUUAAUUGCCCUGCAGGAAACGUCCCUGUUGGGUAUAUAAAUGAAGAUGAACAGUAUUAUAACGAAACUAAUGAAGAAUGAACAAAGUAUAUGAAUAAACUUAUGCAAAACAGUAAGGGUUUACCCAUUAACGUUCAGGUAAUUGCAGCUCCAUUUAGGGACGAAAUGUGUCUAAAUGUGAUGAAACAGCUAGAAGAAGACAUUCCAUUUUGGGGCGAUAGAAAAAGUUCAAAAAUAGGAUUUAUCCAUAAAAUAACUAAUUAA